UCUGCAGCUGUUCUUGUUGUAUGAUUACAACAGUCAACAGUCAACAUUCAAGGGAAAGACACUGAGGUGGUGCACACUUACAAAUACCUAGGUGUGUACCUGGACAGUAAACUGGACUGGUCCCUGAACACGGAUGCCAUCUACCUGAAGAUGCAGAGCCGGCUCAUUUUCCUCAGGAGGCUCAGGUCUUUUGACGUCUGCAGUGAAAUGCUGCACGUUUUAUCAGUCAGUGGUGGUCAGUGCACUUUUUUUAUGCUGCAGUCUGCUGGGGCAGCAGCAAACGUCUCAUCUUACUGCACAAAAAAAUAAUCUAUCUAUCUAUCUAUCUAUCUAUCAAUCAUCCAACUUGUACCUUGAAAAUUGAACAAGGAAGUCGAGAGCCAGAUCCUGCCCACACUUCCCACGCCGAGAUGCAGCAUUUUCAUUUGCAAAGUGCCAUUGAAGUGACACGAUCACAAGCACAAUGAAGAACUUUACCUUGAUAACGGUUUCACUUCUCUGCAGCCUCUGCGGGAUCUCUGUCUCAGUUUCGGAGUUUUACACUUUGGAGGUUCAGCCUGGUGACGCGGUCACUUUGCUGUGCUCCAACUACACCAGUUCUCCUAGUCAAAUACUCUGGUUCAGGGUGGUCAAGCUAUUGAAUGCCCGCUGUAUUUCUCAUAUAUUCAAGGCUUUUGAUUCUGCUUCAUACUGUAAUGGAUUUGAGAAUGGAAGAUUCGAAAUGACAUCCAACAUGUCCACUGUCUUUCUCAAAAUCAAACAAGUGGAUGUAUCUGACUCUGGACUGUAUUUCUGUGGAUAUUACAUAAGGAAAAACCCGCUUAUUGUGGGUGCCACUUACUUAGAAGUGCAAGUGUUCAAUCGACUUGCAAAGGCGAUGAUUAUGAUCUUGGGCGGUCUGACUGUUUCCCUCGCUGUGGUCACCAUUUGUUUGGUUGUCAAAAUAAAACAGCUUAAGAGAGCUCGCAUUGAAGAAGAAAAUCCACAACAGACAGAGGGUCAGGGCUCAGACCUGAACUAUGCAGCAGUGACUUUUCACCCAAAUUCAAAGAGAAACCUCAGGCCUGCUCCAGAGACAGAAAUGAUGCCAAAUGCUAUUUAUUCUGCCAUCAGAUGACUAAUGAAGCACCUGCUGCAGCUCAGAGCGGAACUGAUGAUUUAUUAUUAAUCCACUGGUGUUGUCAGUUGGUCUGCAGAACAAUCACUUCAAACAAUCACCAUGGUAUCAAAGUUCAUGUCAGCCUCCACUAGUGAUGUACUGCCCGGGCUCUUAAAUUUUCUUCCUCUGAUGCUGAAAGGCUGCAGCUGUGGUGAGGACUCACAGGAUCAUUGCCGCACCAAUGGGAGAAGCCGUGGAGUUAGAGGCUCCUCCUCUCUGCUCCGACCAAUCCUGUCACAGAGUCCGCGCAGCCUGAUUAGCAUACAGACAAAACACACUUUAAAAUCCAAAUCCAAAUUUGAACAAGGAAGAGCAGAACAGAUGAUACAGUUACGCAAGAUUGCACCGGUAGACGAUAACAUUAAAAGUACUAGAAAAUUCCUGGAGAAAUUUUGAAUGUUCCUGCUGAUUGGUGCGUGUACUUCACUCCUCACAUUUCAAUCUGCACAAAGGACGUUACAUUCAGUUUAAUUCAUGUGGUAGAGACUCAUCCUGACACUGACCUCAGUCACUGCAGGUGUCCCUCAAAAAGCAGUUUGAAUUGAAUAAAAAGGGUUGGCUUCUCCUUUAAAUGCAUAAUUCAUUAUUAUAAUAUAGUGCUCCAUCCAAGCAUCUAAUGCAGAAAAAUAACAGGCUAAAAUUAUACAUAUUAAAGUCAUUAUAGAAGCCUAUUAUGGAUUUUAUUUAAAUGAUCAUGUAAACUUAAAAUGAAAAAGUAGUUUUCCACAGGUAUGUGUUCUAGGAUUUAUUCCCGAUCAGUUGUGGGUUAUCAGUCAAACAUAUAAGUUUUCUUUUCUACAAUUAUUCCAAUGAGUUAAAUAUUUCAAUAAAAUAAAGUUUUACUGACAGUUUU